AUGUCCGAGCCGAGGGCCAAGGUUCGCGGACCGUGGCAGGACGCGGACACUCUACAAGCGCCCGUCACGCAUGUCUCCGGCAACUGCUGGGUGCACGCGAAGAGCGCGAUCGACAAGCCCGAGUACCGGAAGCUCUUCCGCGCGCAGGACAACCGCGCGCGCUUCAAGGCCGACGUGAUCGACCUCGCGAACAUGUCCGUCGUCGUGCGCCCGCAGAAGAAGGUCCUGCUCUCGCUGUUCAAGGCGAAGUGGGGCGGCCUCGAGCCCGUGGCGACGCGGCGGUGGUGCGCCGAGUACGUGGACGACGAGCGGAAGAACAUGUGGACGGGGAUGGACUUCGAGGGCGGCACGCCGAGCCAGAACCAGGGCCUGGAGAGCACCAACCGCUGGUACAAGGAGGACUGCACCGGGUACCAGAAAAAGAUGCUCGAUGACUUUCUGAACGACCACUUCUCAUGGAUCGGGGUCAAGUCGCUGGCACAGGCCCAGUUCCCGCCGUGCCCUGGACAUGAGAUUGCUGAUUUCCGUAAGGCCCAGGUGAGCCUAGGGACACUGCAGUGGGACGUGGUGGCGACACGAGCCCUACAAAUCCACAUCACCCCACUCGCCGGCUGGUUCCCCAUGGAGUGCGUCCUGAUCCUCGCGAACAAGACGAUUGCGAACCUCACGAGGAAGCAUGGGAGGGGCAACCUCGACAUGAUACGGGCCCACGCGUCGCCGAUCCUCCAGAAGUUCGAGCAGCUCAUCACCUUCAUGCUGACAGACGAGCUGCUCGCUGGCGGCUUCGACCGGCUCGUGGACAUCUCCAAGAGCGCCCACGUCCUCUUCACACGCCCCAAGGCUGGAGGCCGACGGUUCCGGGUUCAAGCUUCAGUACCGCGAAGCGGCGCGGACGGCGCGGACGGCGCGGACGGCGCGGACGGCGCGGACGGCGCGGACGGCGCGGACGGCGCGGACGGCGUGGGGCGGGCCUUAAUUUUUUUUACUUUCUAA